AUGGCGAACAUAUCAGUGUGCGCACUGCUCGUGACGGCAUUUCUGGCCACCGUUGCCGAUGCUGGUGCGGCACGAUUCGGCGAUCGCUUGGCACCGCGCGUUCCCGCUCCUUAUGCCCCACGCAGUGCGCCCGCGGCGAAACAUUACGUUGAUAAUGAAGAAGACGAACUGUACGAACAAGAUUAUUAUGAACACGACAAUCACGAUGAAGAAGAAAACCACCCACCGGCAGACUUAAAACCUCCACCACCUCGGCGACCCACUCGGACAGAAGCUCACCGCCUUGAAAUGAGUACCGAAUAUUUUGUAAUUCCAGAGCGGUCUUCACCGGUUCCUUUGCCAUCUUCAACUUCUCGUACUGUUACGAAAUCUACAUUACGACCAGCAAAUACAACGCAAACACAGAUAUCACCAUUACCUAAAUUCAGUUUACUAAGAGAAGAAUCGUGGGCAGUGCCUAUACUAGCAUUGGCUUGCGCAAGUAUGGUAAUUAUUGGUGGUUUUGAAGCAUUUAUUGUUUGGGGAGCGAGUAAAAAGGCACCUAGUCAACGACAUCUCCUCCUAGGACAAACUUUAUUAUUGGGAUUAUUCACAUGUGCUGCUACAGCGGCAUUAUUUACUGCUGCUCCUACAACAUUUACAUGUGGUGCUGUACGAUUUGGAACUGGCGUCUCCUAUGUAAUAGUGUUUGCAUCACUACUAGUUAAAUGUGUUUUCUUACUAAGUUUAAAUGGUGGAGUGUAUUUACCGGCAGCGUACCAAGGAUUAUUAUUAUUUUUUGCUGUUAUGAUACAAGUGGCAAUAGGUGCACAAUGGCUAGGUGGUUCACCCCCACGAUUAGCGGUAGAAGCAAUAAGAUGUGACUCGCCUCUGUCCGAUUUAUUGCUCUCGUUGUGUUAUGCAGCGUUUUUAAUAGCAAUUGUAUGUGCAGUAGCUUUGAGAUCACGUGGAAUACGAGACAAUUAUAGAGAAGCAACACACAUUGCUGGAGCUGGGGGUGCAACUGCUGCAGUAUGGAUCUGUUGGAUAGCAGCAGCCCUAGGUGCACCCGAGCAACACCGAGAAGCCUGUGUUGCAGCCGGAUUAUUAGGAACAUGUGUUGUCGUAUUUACGCUAAUGUUUGCUCCAAAAGGACGACGGUUAGCUGCCUUAGGCCGUGAAGGUCGAUGGGAUGCAGAUCGAGAAGAAGGACUCAGCUCAUUAGGAGCAGGUGGUUCAGGCUAUUCUCCAUCUUUCUUCCAUUUCAAGCCAGUCAAAUAUGGUAUGGUGUCAGCUGCAGCUCCAGGGACAGUCCUGCCGCCUAUGCUCGACCGUAAGGAACCCCCUGCUCAGCCAGCCGAUCCGUACGGAGCUAAGAUCGGUGGUUCACUCCUGCACGCACGCUCACUGUGUCCUCCGCCACACUACCCCCUGCACCCACUAAUGCACUACCACUACAAUUUUCCACUUUAUCAUCUUCUACCGCCAGGCGUGAUGAUGCGUCCGGAGGAGGGCAACGUGUACACGAGCGUAGAGCCCACCUUCAGCAGCAACCCCAACGUCUACUUCCAACGCACAGAGCCGUUGCACGUCGGCAUGAUGUACUGAGCCUCUGGCAAACCAGCGUUCCAACGCGAACAGUGAGAUUUGACAGUGCAACUGCUAGUCACUAUGUGGUAAAUGAUAUACGUUUAGUAAUCUUUAGUAAAUGUAAAACGGUAUAUUAGCUGUUAUUUGGACAUUCAUCUAAUUCUUGAAACCCUAAUGCAACUAGAUAUUGUUAUUAAAUGGAAUUGAAAUAUGGCCUUUGCGAAUCUUUUCAAAUACGUGAAAAAGGUCAGGAUGAAAAUACACAACUACAGACAUGUGUGC